CCUCGCUGCUCCUGCGUCGUCUCGUCCCCCCUCCCACUCCCCCGCAGCCGCCACUUCUAGAAGCUUCCACGCUACUGCCGCCGCUGCGCCCGCGCCCAUGGCCGCCGAACCCAAGGCACCGUCCCUCGCCGAGGAAUAUUCACUUCCACCACAGGAAGCCCCAGUUGAAAAGGCAGUCGAGGAUAAGCCCCAGGAGGCUGAAAGUAUUCCUGUAACGAAUGAUGAAACCCCUCAACCUGAUGAGACUGAAACAGCUGUGGAAGUGAACUCUGAAACUUCGGAGGCUGCUGACAAGUCAGAAGCAGAAGAAACCAACCCUGCAGCAGAGGAAACAACGGAAACUGCUGAGGAAGAGACUGAGGAGAAACCAGAGAUUAAGAUUGAAACAGCUCCAGCAGAUUUCCGUUUCCCGACAACAAAUCAAACAAGGCACUGUUUCACACGCUAUGUUGAGUAUCACAGGUGCGUAGCUGCGAAAGGGGAGGAUGCUCCUGAAUGUGAUAAAUUUGCAAAAUACUAUCGAUCUCUUUGCCCAGGUGAAUGGGUUGAGCGUUGGAACGAGCAACGGGAAAACGGCACCUUCCCUGGACCUCUGUAAGCAUGUGCAAAGGGGAGAAGCUACGUUGUUGUCCAAGCUCUCUUCGUUGGUAACAGGCGACAUGUUAUCAGAAUCGAAGGGAUCACCCUGUUUUUUUGGAGAGAUUUAAAAAUAAGAGAUUUCCUUUUUGAUGUGAAGCAUAUUAUCUUCUGACUCCACCUAAACGAUCAUCCCCAGCAUUGCUGAGGAACUCACAUCACAACUAUAAUCUUGACAUGACUGUUUUGUCAGGAGAAUGUGGUUGCUCGCUUGGGAAAAUGUGUUGACAUAAAUCUCAAGUUCAAACCGUUUCUCAUCUUUGCUACUUCUAUAAUGCAGUACGUUCAUGUCA